AUGUCAUUCUCCAAUAUCUACACUCACCGCAAGGUCGCGGAAACGGCGGCCAAGGGCUGCGAUGUCUGCUACCGUGCCACAAGUAGCGUCCUGGUCGCUCCCGAAAAUAAGGACUUUUUCUACGUUUGCCCCAGUCAUCUGAAAGACAAGAACUUCUGCUCACCUAUCAUCGACAAAGAGGCCGUUGAAGCGAAGAAGAAGAAGGCUCUCGAGGACGAGGUUGCGCGUGUGAAGAAGGAGUACGAAGACAAACAAAAGAAGAAGAAGGAAAAAGAAGAGAAGGACAAGGAGAAAGAGAAAGACAAAGACAAGGAGAAAGAGAAAGACAAGGACGACAAAAAGACAGAGGACGAGAAGAAGGAAGACAGCAACGGCACCGAAACGCCAUCUCCGGCCGCGGAAGAGGAGCCACGCGUAUUCGCACUUCAAAAGAACUUCUUCGGAGCCCGACUUGAGAAGAAGCGACAAAUGGAGAUCGCAAAGAGGAACCGGGAACGUCUUCAGCAACCAAACCUAUUUCCAUCAGUUCCGAAAGGCAUGCCGGGUAGUUGA